AUGACUCUCCGAGGGCCAGCUGCCCACCUACGCCGGGCUCCAGGCUGGAGGAGAUCAGGAGAUGACUUCUACUGGGAGAGCCUAAUACCAGAAGGGGAGGUUUUGCCCCAUGCCUCUCGCACCUCUCGUGUCCCUCGGCCCCAAAGCGCCAUUGAAGGAGGCCAGAUGGACAGCUGGCUGCAGCAACUGGAGAGAUUACAGAGCGGUCAUCUCAGAAGCCAAGUCCACCAUCAGGUGCCAUCUUUCAGUGAUCGGACAACGUCCAUGCCAACCAUCAACAAAGAACCAACUGGACCUGCACUGAGACAACAGGGGAUUCCCUAUUUAUUUUACAGCAGGGAUUUCUCUUCAAGUGGGAGCUCCAGCCUGUGUGGGAGUCUGCUGGGCAGCCAGGAGUCCCUCCAAGCCGGGUUCUCCUCUGCUCCAGAGCGCAGGGGGAGCUGGGAGAGAGCUCGGAUCAUGAACACCCCAGGGAAGGCGCAAGCUAAACUCAGUUCUCUGGCUCCAGUCAAGACUGGCUGGUUGCCAAUCCAAAGGAAAGUGAUGGUGACUAAUGCUUGCAGCCAAAAGCAGCACUCAGACCAAUCUGCCAGCCAGGUGAAAUUGAAACAACCCAUCACCCCAACAUUUCAGAAGAAUCUUGCCAGGACCAAUGGGUUCCCCAAUUUGGAUGGAGAGGUGGAAAAAAGUCACACCAGUGCCAUUGCUUUGGGUGUGAAGACGUGGCAGGCACCUGAUCAAGGCUCUCCCAGUGCUGAGCAGGUACAAGAGAGACUAAGCUUUUCAACUAAGGAGGAGGACAGACCUUUAAGCUGGCAGGCCCUGAGGAGAGGCUGGAAUAUCAACAGUACAUCACCUGUUUCCAGAGGAAAUCAAUCCCAUGACCUUCCCACAAGGACCACCUCAGACCCCAACAGGACCCCUCUGAUCACAACCAACACAGAGCCCUUCAAGCAUGCCCCUCUGCAUCGGGCAACCAGUAAUGAUCCCUAUAGGUUGCACACUCCUGUGCACAGGACAGCCAGUGUUCAGCCUGUAGGGAGAACGGUCCACCUGAACAGGACAAACAGUAUCUCGCACUCCCCAGACACGCAGACAAGCUCUUCCAUGAAGACACUUGUCCCUCAGAACAAAGCUGGCUUCUCCUUCAUCACCAUCUCCUCCAGGAAGGUGAGCAGAUCAGCCAGCCUGCCUGCCUCCAACAUGCCCACCUCCAGCCACUCUGACCAGGCCAGGGCUUCCCCUCUGCCGCCCCAUGCCAACCAUUCCACCGAACCCAGCCUGGUUACCCUGCAGAAGAAGGCCACCAUAGUCAAAGUGACGGAGCAGAGGAUGACAUCCAGUCCUGCCCAGGGUGUAAAAAAGACACAAAGUCCACCCAGCGACCAUGCUUCUGAUAUGGUGGUCCACAGGAGAAAGGCCACCAUUAUCAAAGUGACAGAGCACAGGGAGAGCUACAGCCCAACCAGGGCAGGGUCUAGAAUGAGGCACCCAGAGUAUAGACACAGCUACACUGAGGGACUGUUUAGAGAAAACCGCACAUGCCAUCAGGGAUCCAUGGAUGCAUCAGCGAAUAGCACCCACCCAGGUUCACCAGAGCAGACAAACUACACCCUAUCAUCAAAUACAUCCUCUUCAGCUACGCUUAGAAAUCCAGAGAAAAGUGGAGGAACAGUACACAGGUCCAUGCUCCAUCUUUUUGUGAACAACCCUCCUGCCAUAGCAGCUCCCCCUCCCACCGAUCUUUCUCAGAAGGCUAUUGGAGAGAGACCGAACAGGCCACGCAGACCACUGAGCUGCUACGGCAAUGUGUUCGGACACACCGAGCCGAGCAAGGAGACCAUGACACAGCCUGCUGCAACCAGGAAAUGGAGCUUUGGGCUCCCCCAGGAGUCCAGUGUCAACCCUGUGAACCCUGACAGGAGUUUCAUCAGCCCAAAGUCGCCGGUGAAAGAAACAGGUCAGCCAGUGGCAGAGUCCCUCAAGCCAAAUGGAGACAGGAGGGAAAGAUUGCCGUCGCCACAGGAUGCAGCAAAGAGACCUUCCCCCUCUCUCACUCUCAUCAAGGCCCCAGAUCCCAAAUCCCAGCAGUCUCCUGAGGAAAUCCUUGCCCUCAAUGCAGCUGCAAUCAUAGCCAAUAUCAAACUCCAAAGACAACUGAGCAAGAAAAAAUCAGUAAAUGGCAAUUCUGAAAAGGAGUCCACUGCCUCGCCCCAGGGAAAUAUUGAGACAGAUUUGGGGAAAUGUGAAAAACCAUCCUCCAAUCAACGUCCAGCCCAGCACGGUGCAAACACUGCACCCCAUAACCGGCCGCAUGCUGACUUUGUUCCACUGAGAGUUCACUCUGAUCCUGAAAGAUCAGCUAAAACUAUUUCGCUCCAAGAAGCACUGGAGAGGUCCAGACCAGACUUCAUCAGUCGUUCCCAGGACCGAGUGAGAGAGCUGGAGCGAAAGGCCCAGGAAAGGAGGGAGCAGGCCGGUUGCGUAGACCCACAGUCAGAUGCCGCUCUCAGGCAUAAGAGAGGCUGCAGCUCCCGGUCCCCCUCUCUGACUGAUAACCUUUUCAAACCCAGAGAUAGAGCCAUUACUGGGAGAGAGAUGCAGUUCAAAUCCAAGCGACUCAACAGUAUGUUUCCAGAUACGAAGAAGAAAAAGGAGGACGAGAAGAAAAGGAAAGUCUGUCUGACAAACAGACAGCGAGCAGAGCUUUUCAAAAAGAAACUGUUGGAUCAGAUUCUUCAAAGGAGCAAUGACUGAACUGAGGAUGGAUCUUCAGCCCGAGAUGCUUUUUUUUUUUUUCGCCUGUUGCAUUGCUGGACAGACCAGAGAUGGAUGAAGUGCUCCAGUGUAAACCUGUGACAGCGCUGACUAUGAAUGUGAAUCAUAUCACCAUGCAUGCCUUUCUGCUCUGCCAUUACAAAUGAGAAUGGCAUGAAAAUGAAUGUAUGAAAUCAUGUUUCAGUAUUCUGCUGUAGCAUAUGUUUGUCAUAUUGGUUAAAAUCAAAGCAUCACGUUGAACUUCAUAAAUACACUGACUGAAACCCUUUAGCAUGCAGUAUAAACCAGUACGCUUAUUGUAGCUGCCUUUCUUUCCAUACUAGUUUAUGUAACAGGAUGAAUAGUAAUCUCUCACUGCAACAUAAAUCACUGAUAUUCUCCUGCAGUCACUUUCACAUGGGCUCCUGUGAUGUGAAGUGGUGAUAUAAGACGUAAUCAUUCAUUAGGUUUCAUAGGCCCAGGCUCCAACUGCCUGUUUCAUUAUGCAGCUGAUAAGCAGAGGGUAGACUGAAGUGGGCUCUGCCAUCAUUCAGUACCAGCUAUUAACAGUGAGUUGGAGGAAUGUGACCUCCUCUCGUUGGAAAUGCCCUGUUAAUGGACAGUGCCGAUUUGAAUGGAGCUUUUGUCUCUGUCUUUGUCUCAUGAUGGAGCAAGCUGCCAUCGCAGAUUUGAAUUUGUGUGUUAUGAUCCACUGUGAUUGUGCCCAGAGUGCUGCAGGAAAAACAUGACGGAGCUGGAUAUAAAUCAAAAGUGAGAUGUGUGAAUAUUUAUUCUUGGAAUAAUACACAACAUUGCACCCCCUCUUUCCAUUACUCUUAAUUGCGAUUUCGCUCAUUAGUCUUCAAUUAGGUGUACUCCCAUUGUCCAGCUGUUCAAUCCACUUUAAAUUUGCAUAGAUGUGUUUGAGAAACCCAACGAUUGCCACUUAUUCGUUUUUCAUAGAUGCGUUUCAUGUGAAUGCACAUGCACGUGUGGGUGUAUUUGUGUGUAUGGGCAGUGGGUGGGUGGUUGUUUAUUAAUAACAGCAUUCAUGGUU